AUGUUUAAAAAAUCAGCUAAGGAUAUUGUGGUUCUAUCUGCAUUGAGAACACCAGUCACCAAAUCGGUCAAGGGUGGAUUAACUCAGCUUUAUCCUGAGGAGUUGUUAUAUCAAGUUUUGCGAGGCUCAAUUUCCAAAUCAAAUGUGGAUCCCAAUUUGAUUGAUGAUAUACUCGUUGGAACAGUUUUGCAGACUUUAGGAGGUCAAAAAGCUUCGUCGUUAGCAGUGAAAAAAGCUGGAUUCCCAAUAGAAACUACAGUAAACACAAUUAACCGUCAAUGUGCAUCUUCAGCCCAAGCUAUUACCUACAGCGCUGGCUCAAUCCUCAGUGGUGAGAACAAGUUUGCUAUUGCAGCUGGCGUUGAAUCCAUGACACACGAUUAUUUCCCUCAUCGUGGUAUUCCGCAACGAAUUUACCAACCUUUUUUGGAAGGUGCCAGUGCAGAGACAAAGAACGUGUUAACACCAAUGGGUAUUACCAGUGAGCUGGUUGCGGAAAAGUUUGGGAUCAGUAGACAAGUACAAGAUGAAUUCGCUGUGCAGUCGCAUCUAAAAGCUUCAAGGGCAACAGAUUCGGGUCAUUUUGCAGACGAGAUAGUGUCAGUCGAGUCGCGCAAUGAAGCUGGAGAAGCAAUGCUUGUAGCGAAAGAUGACGGAAUUAGACCCGGAUCAACGUAUGAAAAAUUACUGGCUUUGAAACCUGUAUUUAAAGAAAAUGGAGUUACAACGGCGGGCAAUUCUUCCCAAAUCUCAGACGGUGCUUCAGUUGUUAUUUUGACAACACGCGAAAAUGCAGAAAAAUACGGAUACAGACCCAUAGGUCGAUUUAUAGGGUCAAGUGUCGCUGGUGUGCCUGCUGGGUUGAUGGGAAUUGGGCCAUCAGAAGCCAUACCACAAUUGUUGGAAAGAUUUGGCUUAUCGCAUAAGGACAUCGACAUCUUCGAGUUGAAUGAAGCUUUUGCUUCGCAACUGAUCUAUUGUAUUGAAAAAUUGGGUUUAGACUAUGAGAAAGUCAAUCCAUACGGUGGCGCAAUAGCCAUCGGUCAUCCGUUAGGUGCUACUGGAGGUAGAGUAGUAUCCACUUUGUUAAAUGGGUUAAGAGCACAAAAGAAAGAGUUGGGAGUUGUAUCUAUGUGCACCUCAACAGGCCAAGGUUAUGCAGGAUUAUUCAUUAACGAAAAUUAA